CCAAGACGAGGAUAAGGAUUUGUUUUGUGCUAUUCAUGAGGGAUAUCAACAAGCUUGGGAUUUGGCAAAAGUUCUUUCAAUGGUUAAUCAAGAUGAUGAUGUUUUGGACUUUUUGAAUAUUUCUAAUGGGCGAUUGAACCAGUUAGAUGAUAAAAAUGAUGAUUUUUUUGACUAUUUUAAUGAUUCAUUACAAAGCAAUGAAGUAUCAAAUUCACAUGCAAUUUCAGCAUCAGCAAGUACUGUAGCUAAUUUUAAUACUAUAGAGAUUCAUGAUGAUGAUAUUGAAACCGAUUUAAGAGAUGCAUGUUUUGAGUUAAAUUUUUUAUUGCUAAAUACAACUUCUUCAAAUAAUUACGAUUUAGAAAUAAAUAAAGACUUUUAUACUGGCAUUAUCAAAGCAGAAACUUUAGAUGUUUCUUACUUAGUUAGUUUACGAAAAAGUCAUAAAUGUUAUAGUAGCCAGGAUAUAGAGCAAAAGGCUAUUUGUAGAGUUCAGAAUUUUAAUCAUACAAGCACCAUUUCUCCAAAUUUGAUAAGCAAUCUAAUUGCAAAUCAUAUGUCAAAUAUUAAAAUAUCAUGA